AUGUCUCUACAAGAGCAAUUUGACAAAGCUGCUGAAGAUAUCAAGAAGCUGAAGGGACGCCCCAAUGAUGCCGACCUUUUGGAGAUCUAUGGUUACUUCAAGCAAGCCACAGUUGGAGACGCCAACCCUGCAGAUAAACCCGGUAUAUUCGACUUGAAAGGUAAAGCCAAGUUCGAGUCAUGGAGUUCCAAGAGCGGAAUGUCAAAAGAGGACGCCCAAAAGGCAUACGUCGCGAAAGCACAGAGCAUCAUUGACGCUAUUGGCCUGCAAUAA